AUUCCAAAUCCAAGGAGUUGUUCCGUAGAGUAUACAGUUUUGAUGGUGUUGUGUCAAAUUGAGUCUGUUCGAUGUAGACAUGUGCUUUCAUAUAUUGUAAAAGUUUGAGCAGUCACGCUCAAAGUUAACGAUCGAACGCAUUGUUUUUGUCUACGUUGUUGGUAUAAAAUUUGAACAGAGUAAUAGUUGAAAGUAGCAAAUAUGGGUUUGUACAAUUUCAAAAAAAUUGCGGUCGUUCCCACCGCAAAGGACUUUAUCGAUAUAAUAUUAUCGAAAACACAAAGGAAAACUCCGACCGUUGUCCAUAAAAGCUAUAAGAUCACACGUAUACGUGCAUUUUACGUGCGCAAAGUAAAAUUCACGCAACAAAAUUUUCACGACAGACUGUCUCAAAUAAUACAAGAUUUUCCCAAGCUGGACGACGUUCAUCCAUUUUAUGCAGAUUUAAUGAACGUGUUGUAUGAUAAAGAUCAUUAUAAAUUAGCUCUAGGUCAAAUAAAUAUAGCACGACACUUGAUCGAUAAUGUCGCAAAGGAUUACGUUCGAUUGAUGAAGUACGGAGAUUCGUUGUACCGAUGCAAGCAGUUGAAAAAAGCAGCUCUAGGCCGAAUGGCGACUAUUAUGAAAAGGCAAGCUGCUAAUUUAGCAUACCUGGAACAAGUUCGUCAACAUUUGGCUCGGUUACCUAGCAUAGAUCCCUAUACGCGUACCAUAAUAAUAUGUGGUUUUCCAAAUGUUGGUAAAAGUAGUUUUAUAAACAAGAUCACUCGUGCCGACGUUGAAGUUCAACCGUAUGCAUUUACGACGAAAUCGUUAUACGUCGGUCAUACCGAUUACAAAUACUUGAGGUGGCAAGUAAUCGAUACUCCUGGAAUUUUAGAUCACCCACUCGAGGAACGGAAUGUGAUCGAAAUGCAAGCGAUAACCGCGCUCGCUCAUUUACGAGCAGCUGUACUUUACUUUUGCGACAUAUCGGAGCAAUGCGGUCACAGUUUGGAAGAACAAGUGAAAUUAUUUGAAUCUAUUAAACCUCUAUUCGCUAAUAAACCUUUAACAGUGGUGAUGAACAAAGCAGACGUUCUACGGCUGGAUGAACUUCCAGUCGAGAAACGAACGAUUUUGAACGCGUUAGAGGAUAAAGAUGUGCCUGUGUUAGAGAUGAGUACAAUAACAGAGGUCGGAGUAAUGGACGUUAAAAUACAAACUUGCGAGCGGCUUUUAGCUUUCCGCGUCGAUCAGAAGAUAAGAACGAAAAAAGUAGAAGGAUUGCUUAAUCGUUUACACGUGGCGCAACCAACACCGAGGGACGAGAAAAUUCGCGGUCCUUGUAUUCCAGAGAGCGUUUUAAAAAAGAAGCAAGCAAUGGAAGAACGAUCAAAGGCGAAACGAAAAUUGGAGCGGGAAAUAGAAGAGGAGAUGGGAGAUGAUUACGUGCUCGAUUUGAAGAAGAAUUAUGAUAUCGAGGGUGAACAGAAAUUCGAUAUCAUUCCAGAAAUAUGGGAGGGACACAAUAUCUAUGACUAUAUCGAUCCAGAAAUAUUCGAGAAAUUAAAUCAACUCGAGAGAGAAGAAGAGCAACGAGAAGAAGCGGGCAUGUACGAUUACAAGGUACCUCAGUUGUCAGACACAAUGUGUGAAAUUGUGCAGAUGGCUAAACAAAUUCGAGAAAAGAAAGCCAUUAUGAAGGACGAGGCCCGGAUUCAAAAAGCUUCCACGAAGCCUGUAAUGCCCCGCACAGCUACGGCUAAGGGUCGAGAUAGAUCUGUAUCGAAAUUGAAGGAACAAAUGGAAGAUUUGGGAAUCGAUAUGCAAGAGAGCGAAAACGCACACUUUACCAGAACCAGAGGACGUUCGAGGUCGUUGUCUCAGCCAGCUAGAAAACGCAUGAGAUUGGAAUCCGUGUCUGUAUCGCGAGCUCGAAGCAGUUCGAGACCGGCACGCGACGAAAUGGGAGUGAAAGACGGUGCGAUGAAAACGAAAUUAAAGAAUAUCGCGCACAAGGCUUUGAAAAAGAAGAUCGCAAGGAAGGGUUUGAAAGGAGAAGCGGAUCGAUUCAUCGGUACGAAAAUGCCGAAACAUUUGUUUUCAGGAAAAAGAGGGGUCGGUAAAACGGAUCGAAGAUAAUGUAAUUAUUUAUGCGAGAAACGUUGUUAUUUCUUGCGAGUUUUCUAUCGAAUUUCUCCAGAUAUUCGUGUCUGUGAUUGGUUACUCGAAUAAAGAAGGAGAAAUGGAA